CUUUCAAGCGCGUAGGAGCCGCACGGUGCUGCCGGGUAAUGUAGUUUUUAACCUUUCCCCGCACUUUGUUUUCCUGGAGACUGCGUUGACCGUGGGGUGGUUGUGUUCCAUGGCUUCGGCGGGGAGCCUGGAUGCACCGGAGCGGGGCCACCAGCGGCCUUUCCUUAUCGGGGUGAGCGGGGGCACGGCCAGCGGCAAGUCCACAGUAUGUGAGAAGAUCAUGGAGCUCCUGGGGCAGAACGAGGUGGAUCACAGGCAGAGGAAGGUGGUCAUCCUGAGCCAGGACCGGUUCUACAAGGUGCUCACCCCGGAGCAGAAAGCCAGAGCUCUGAAAGGCCAGUAUAACUUCGACCACCCCGAUGCCUUCGAUAAUGAGCUGAUGCACAGGACGCUGACCCGGAUCAUGGAGGGGCAGAUUGUGGACGUGCCCAUGUACGACUUCAUCACUCAUUCAAGGCUUCCAGAGACCACGACUGUGUACCCUGCCGACGUGGUGCUGUUCGAGGGCAUCCUGGCAUUUUAUAACCAGGAGAUCAGAGACAUGUUCCAGCUGAAGCUUUUUGUAGAUACAGACUCGGAUGUCAGGCUCUCACGGAGAGUUCUGCGUGACAUGAAGCGCGGCCGAGACCUGGAACAGAUCCUCUCUCAAUACACCACCUUCGUCAAGCCGGCCUUCGAGGAGUUCUCGCUGCCGACCAAGAAAUACGCCGACGUCAUUAUCCCCCGGGGGGUGGAUAAUAUGGUGGCCAUUAACCUGAUCGUGCAGCACAUCCAGGACAUCCUGAACGGCGACAUCUGUAAGUGGCAACGAGGCGUUUUGAAUGGCCGCACCCAGAAGAGGACAUUCCCAGGGCAGGGAGAAUCCGGGGGGCUCCUCCUGCCAGGAAAACGCACCCACCUUGAGUCCAGCAGUCGGCCCCACUGAUGGAAAGAGCUGAGACAGUCCCGGUUGUUGUCCCGCCCCUUGCACGGUUUGGCUGAGACUCUAUUCUGCCCCCUACCUGCAUGUGCAGGAACAGCCUCUAUUCCAUUUAUCACGUAGGAACACUCUUGUGUCAGAGAGACAACAGCGCGUUUCCUAUUUCUAUUUUAAAGGGGAAGUUCACCUUCAAACGCUUUUUUUUUUUUAUUUCAGUAGUGGAUUCAUUUCCCAGCAGCCUCUGUAAGAUCCCAGCAACUGAUGUAUCAGCUGUAUAGAAAGCUCAGUGAGCGUGCUCAGUAGGGUGGAGGCGUCUGCUGCUGGGAAAUGUAUCGGAGGGUAAAGCUGCCCGAUAAAAGCUGCUGACCAGAUCGUGUCGGCAGGUAAUCGGCAUGGGUAUAUUAAGGUGAACUGCCCCUUUAAAUGAUAUAACCCACCUUGCCACCAAAGAAUGUAUGGAAACCAGCAGGCUGCAUAGCAAUAGCACUGCCACCGCGUACAGCAACGUGGCUUUGCUUUCCCUUUAUCUUAUACAAAGGUCCUGUUAUACAUAGCAGUGCCUAUAAGCUCCGCCCAGUUUCCUGUUAAUAAAAGCACACAUUAUUGUAAAUAGCAGCAGCUACACAGCCGCACCCCCCAGCUGUUCCAUAUGGCACUCACCUCUCAGCAUUGCUGCACUUUCUGCGUUCCGCCCAAGGGCAGAGGGUUGGGGCUAAGGAAUUGGCCCCCCCGGGGGUAAGCUAUGGCUUCGCCCCAUCCCUGCCCACCAGGAAGAUUUAUCCUGCUGAUUAAAUAGUAAAUGUAGACUUUCGCUUGCUUCCUGCUGCACCUUAGCCAGAGAUGUCUGUAUAUAGAGAGCCCCGGGCUGUGUAUUUUAUAAAGGCGGAUUAUUUUUA